AAUAAUAAGAAGGAAUUCGGAGUUAUAGUUAUACCCGAACUCAGACGCAAGCAAAAGCGGAACCCUAAUCGCGGGAAGCAACAACAAUGGCAUCGUCGUCGGCGAAGCGAUGCCACUACGAAGUGCUGGGCCUCUCCCGCGACUGCGCGCCCGACGAGAUCCGGUCGGCGUACCGGCGGCUGGCCCUCCAGCGCCACCCCGACAAGCUGGUGAAAUCCGGCCUCUCCCCGGAGGGCGCCACCGCCCAGUUCCAAGAGCUCCAACACGCCUACGAAGUCCUCUCCGACCCAAAGGAGCGCGCUUGGUACGACUCCCACCGCUCCCAGAUCCUCUUCUCCGACCCCACCUCCCUCUCCUCCUCCCUCGUCCCCGACCUCUUCUCCUUCUUCUCCAACACCGUCUUCUCCGGUUACUCCGACACCGGCAAGGGCUUCUACAAAGUCUACUCCGAAGUCUUUGACAAAAUCCACGCCAACGAGAUCACCUUCGCGCGAAAAUUGGGCCUCGGCGUUGACGCCGUUAAGAAAGCCCCUCUCAUGGGGAACUUGGAUUCCCCCUACGCGCAGGUUACUGCGUUUUAUAGUUACUGGUUAGGGUUUUCGACGGUGAUGGAUUUUUGUUGGGUGGAUGAGUAUGAUGCUAUGGCGGGGCCGAAUCGGAAGUCGCGGAGGCUUAUGGAGGAGGAGAAUAACAAGGUGAGGAGGAAGGCGAGGAGGGAGUAUAAUGAUACUGUGAGGAGGUUGGGGGAUUUUGUGAAGAAGAGGGAUAAGAGGGUGAUUGAUAUGAGGGUGAAGAGGAGUGAGGAGAUGGAGAGGAAGAAGGAGGAGGAGAGGGAGAGGAAGAGGAGGUUGGAGAGGGAGAGGAAGGAGAGGGUCAUGGCUUAUGAGGAGCCUGAGUGGGCUAGGGUUGAGGAUGAGGAGGUGGUGGAGUGGGAUGAGGAGGAGGAGGAGAAGAGGAAUGAGAAGGAGUUUUAUUGUGUGCUGUGCGGGAAGAAGUUUAAGAGUGAGAAGCAGUGGAAGAAUCAUGAGCAGUCCAAGAAGCAUAAGGAGAGGGUUGCUGAGUUUAGGGAUUCAAUUGGGGAGGAGGAGAGGUUGGAGAGUGAGGGAGAUGGGGUUGGUGAUUUGGAGGAGAGGAUAAGGGAUGGUCUCAAUGUUGAAGAGGGGGGAAGUAGAAAUGGGGAUGAACUGAAUGAUGAUGGUGACGAGUUUUUUGAUGCCCCGCGUGCGAAUGAGGGGGAAGAGGCUGGUGUGUCGGUUAAUUUUGGUGAUGAUGAUGAGGAAGAUGAUGAAAAUGGUGUUCUGGAAGCAAUGGUAGCUGGGCACAAGAACAGAAAACCACCUGCUUCAUCAGGCAAACCAAAGGCUUCGGUAGCCCCAUCGAUGCAAAUUGAAAAUGAGGGCGAUGAUGAGGAGGAAGAUGAAAAUGGUGUUCUAGAAGCAAUGGUGGCUGGGAUCAAGAACAGAAAACCACAUGCUUCAACAGGCAAACCAAAGGCUUCUGUAGUCCCUUCUCCGCAAAUUGAAAAUGAAGAUGAUGAGGUUGGCUCUAUGGAAUAUAACAACCGGAAGAGUGCAAGAAAGAGACGUGGAGCCAAGAAAGAGAAGGGUAGGAAAAAUUGGGAAGAAUCUCAGGGGGCUGCUGCUAGUGGCGAUGGUGAGAAUAUAAACACUAAUGGAAAUGAAAAUUCUUAUGAAGAGGAGCCUUGUUCCCAACAUUUUGUGGAAAAUGAGGAUAAUGGUAAAGAGAAUGAGCAGGUUGGUAGAGAUAAGAAGAUUACAAAUCAACCUGCUUAUAAAAGAGGAGCCGCCGGCAAGGACACAAAAACGAAAGCAAAAGUUUCAUCCAAAGGAAGAAAAGCAAAGGUGUCAUCAAAGAAUGCUGACAAUAUUUGUGAGGCUUGUGGAGAGGAGUUUGACUCAAGGAAUAAAUUACAUAAACAUCUUGGCGAAUCUGGGCAUGCGACAUUAAAAGGUCGAUAAAGGAAACUACAGUUGGAAUUAUUUAAGCGCUCCCCAAGUAUUAUUCGAGUUCUACAUAUUAGCCUGUUCCAAUUAUAGGUCCAUUCUUUAAUUCUUAAUAUAGUGUUAGAAUCAUUUUCAAGUAAGCCUUCGGCAGAAAACAUUCUGUUAUUUAUACCACAGUUGAGAAAGAUAUAUACAGCCACAUUUUCAGUUUCAUCUCCCAAAUUGAAAAAAAAAAUUCUUUAAAAGAGUCAAUGUGAUGAUUUAGUGAAAGAGAUUGAAUGCUUUUCUUUUGAAUUUUUAAAAUAUUCAAUGCACUUAUUUCAAUGAAAAAACGGCACGGUUCAGGUUCA